AUGUGUUUGCACGUCAUGAUGUCAUCGAGCACGAACCGAAUGAUACAGCCUAGGAACCUGGCUUCGAUAUUGAUGAAAUUGCAUGGUGCAUUUGCUGAAGCCAUUACAUCGCCAAAAGCGUCCAUCGAUAAGCGCACGCUAGAGAAGACAUGGAAACUGAUGGACAAGGUUGUGAAACUGUGUCAACAUUCCAAGAUGAACCUGAAGAACUCACCACCGUUUAUACUCGAUAUACUGCCCGACACCUAUCAGCGGCUCAGGUUCAUUUAUACACAGUAUGAGAAUGACCUUUCUGAGCUGUACAACAACGAGCAUUUCAAUGUUUUCAUUUUGAAUGUGAUACGGAAAUGCAAACAAGCCAUCAAAUUAUUCAAAGAGGGCAAGGAGAAAAUGUAUGAUGAAAAUUCACAUUAUAGGAGAAAUUUGACCAAAUUGAGUUUAGUGUUCAGCCAUAUGCUCAGUGAGCUCAAAGCAUUAUUUCCAAAUCAUAGAUUUGCUGGUGAUAAAUUUAGAAUAACCAAAAGUGAUGCUGCAGAAUUUUGGAGAUCUAACUUUGGAAUGAGCACUGUAGUUCCUUGGAAACUAUUUCGUAGUGCCCUUCAUGACGUCCAUCCAAUUGUCAGUGGAUUAGAAGCAAUGGCGCUCAAAUCAACAAUAGAUUUAACAUGUAAUGAUUACAUAUCAAAUUUUGAGUUUGAUGUUUUUACCAGAUUGUUUCAACCUUGGCCAACUUUAUUAAGAAAUUGGAAGAUAUUAGCUGUUACGCAUCCAGGAUAUGUUGCAUUCUUAACAUACGAUGAAGUUAAAGCUCGUCUAGAAAAAUUUAUCACCCGACCAGGGAGUUACGUAUUCCGUCUAAGCUGCACACGGCUAGGGCAGUGGGCUAUUGGUUACGUGACAACAGAGGGUGAAAUAUUACAGACCAUUCCUCAAAAUAAAUCUUUGUGUCAGGCAUUAUUAGAUGGUGCACGUGAAGGAUUUUAUCUCUAUCCGGAUGGACAAAAAGGAAAUCCAGAUCUAUCAAAUGCCGUUGAACAAAGUCCAGAAAAUCAUAUCAGAGUUACUCAUGAGCAAUACGAAAUGUACUGUGAAAUGGGAUCCACUUUCCAGAUAUGUAAAAUAUGUACAGAAAACGACAAGGAUGUUCGCAUCGAGCCAUGCGGUCAUCUUUUAUGCACACCGUGUUUAAACUCUUGGAUGGAAUCCGAUGGCCAAGGUUGUCCAUAUUGUCGGGCCGAGAUCAAAGGUACUGAACAUGUUGUAGUGGACCCAUUUGAUCCAAAGAGAGUAAAGUAUAAAAGUGUUCCCAUCAUGCCCAUCGUAGUGCAACAUUCUGAAGAUGAAGAAGAUGAUGAAGACGACGAGGUGGUGAAAUAA